CGCCAUUUCUCAGUUAACAAUUUUAAAAUCACACGUUAGAUUCGUCAAGUCCGGUAAUGGUAAAGAAAGGUUAUUAUUCUCGGUCGGAAAUAUUUUGAGUGAUUUAAAAAAAUUUUACGUUAUUUAGAAUAAUUUAGCCCUAAUUUAAUAUAAAAAUGUCAACAAACGGAGAGAAAAAGACGGAAGACAAGAGUGCAAAACUUGAUGACUACACAAGGAUUGAGAAGAUUGGCGAGGGAACCUAUGGUGUGGUGUUCAAAGGAAGGAAUAAAAAAACAGGUGAAUAUGUUGCAAUCAAGAAGAUUCGUAUGGAGAGUGAGGAUGAAGGGAUUCCCUCUACUGCCAUUAGGGAAGUGUCUUUGUUAAAGGAGUUGGUGCAUCCCAACAUUGUCUGCUUACAAGAAACUCUGAUGGAUGAAACCAGGCUUUACUUGAUUUUUGAAUUCCUGUCAAUGGAUCUGAAGAAGUAUUUAGAUUCAAUAGAUUCUGGAAAGUACAUGGAACCAGCUGUAGUCAAAUCCUACUUAUUUCAGAUAAUGCAAGCCAUUGUGUUCUGUCACAUGCGUCGUGUGCUACACAGGGAUCUGAAACCCCAAAACUUGCUGAUUGACAGCAAAGGGCUGAUUAAGGUUGCUGACUUCGGUUUGGGUCGAGCGUUUGGCGUCCCAGUGCGAGUUUUCACUCAUGAGGUUGUAACGCUGUGGUAUCGAGCACCUGAAGUACUGCUCGGCUCCACCCGUUACUCGUGUCCCGUUGACAUCUGGUCUGUCGGAUGUAUCUUUUCAGAAAUGGCGACUAAGCAUCCAUUGUUCCAGGGUGACUCUGAAAUUGAUCAACUCUUCCGUAUAUUUAGAGUACUGUCCACCCCUACUGAAGAGACUUGGACUGGGGUGUCUCAGUUGCCUGACUACAAGCCUACCUUCCCCAACUGGACUCAGAACAAUCUGUCUUCUCACACCAAGAACAUCGACGACAUCGGCUUGGACCUUCUUCAGAAAAUGCUGAUAUACGACCCAGCAAAGAGAAUCUCAGGCAAAGAAGCACUGAAGCAUAAAUACUUCAGCGAUGUAGACCGCUCUAAGUUGCCUAUCUCGUCACUGUAUUUGUAAAACCCUUGUUACAUUCCUCGUUGCAGGACUGUUUCCUGUUUGUACAUUAUUUUAGUUAUACUAUUGAACGUCUUUCUUCUUUACUAUCCUAGCUCAAUAUAUUACUUAGGCUUAAUUGGCGGAGGUGAAAAGAUCAUGAUAUUUCGAAAAUGUUCAUAAUAUGUUUAUGGAGUUUACUCUUUUUAAGGUGAGUUGUCGUAAGAAGCAAACCUCAGCUCAGAACAAUUUCUACACUCUGGCGGAACUGUGUGCCUUACCAUGUCAUUGUGUUAAAAUAGUUUUUCUUUUUCUUAACUUAGAUAACAAUUUUAUUUCAUAUUUAAUAUUUGUAACAUAAUAUCAGCAUUAAACUGGUUAAUUUUGUGAAA